AUGUCGUUCCGCGGCCGUGGAGGGAGAGGAGGAGGGAGAGGCGGCCGCGGAGGAAGAGGAGGCAGAGGCUUCGGGGGCGCCAGCUAUGACCACCCCGCCAAGCACGCUCCCCACGAGGACUUCCCGGAGAUCACCCUGCCGGAGAUGACCUGCGCCAAGGCGACCAACGAGGAGAAGGCUCUGAUACUGUCCACCCUGAAGCUCGAUGAUUUCAUGAGGAAUUCUUGCUACUACCUGGAGCCGGAUGCCCCCAAGAAAAAGAAUGACGACAAAGAGAUCGAAAGAUAUUCUGAUAGGAAGCGUAAAACACAAAGCAAACGGGAAGCUCUUGCAUCAUACCUCAAACUGAUCCCUGCAAAUUUUCCUGCAGAACUGCUACAUGGUUCUAAACGAGCGCAACCAGUUCAGAAAAAACUUCGGUGGGAUAAAGACGCAGAUAAUCAGGCAUUUGAUAUAUUCGAGAAACUUGAAGCGAAGCAGAAGGAUGGAGAGGAGAAGACCGAAAAGGAGGGUGAUGAGGAGGAGGAUGAUGAAGAGGAGGAAGCAGAAGCGGAAGAAAGUUCAGAUGACGAUUAUAAUCAGAAUAUCGAGUUUGAUGAUGACGAUGAUGACUGGAACCAAGAGGAGGAAGCCCAUGAAGACUGCUAUGAUUGA